UCCAGUUUCCUCGCCUUAGCCAAAGUCUGUUUGACCCGUCGUUUGGGCCGCCAAAACCUACUUCUUACAUUUUCACCCGGUUGCUGUUCCACCCAAAAACCAACCAUACGAUUUCCCCCGAGCUCCCCUAAUUCCCCCGCCCCCCCACUCGCCCCCCGAUACCUUCCUCCGCCCGCUCACCCCCCGUUUUCCGAGCUGGCGUGGCGACGCAAACUCACAAAUAUUUACUUCCUGUACGUCAAGAGGAAAGGGGGCCCCCCUUUCGUGGAAUGCGGCAACAUGGGUGUGUUUGACCGCGGAGUUCAGAUGCUGCUGACCACGGUGGGGGCCUUCGCCGCCUUCAGCCUCAUGACCAUCGCCGUGGGCACAGACUACUGGCUGUACUCUCGCGGCGUCUGCAAGACCAAGAGCACCAACGAGAACGAGACCGUCAAGAAGAACGAGGAGGUGAUGACGCACUCGGGCCUCUGGAGGACCUGCUGCCUGGAAGGUUCUUUUAAAGGCAUGUGUAAGCAGAUAGAUCACUUCCCGGAGGAUGCUGACUAUACGGCAGAUGCUUCCGAGUACUUCCUACGCGCUGUCCGAGCCUCCAGUAUCUUCCCCAUCCUGAGUGUGAUCCUGCUCUUCAUGGGGGGGCUCUGCAUUGCCGCCAGCGAGUUCUACAAAGCCCGACACAACAUCAUCCUCAGCGCCGGCAUCCUCUUCGUCUCUGCAGGCCUGAGCAACAUCAUAGGGAUCAUCGUCUACAUAUCAGCCAACUCCGGGGACCCUUCCAAGAGUGACUCGAAGAAGAACAGCUACUCGUACGGCUGGUCCUUCUACUUCGGCGCUCUUUCCUUCAUCAUGGCGGAGAUGGUGGGCGUCCUGGCCGUUCACAUGUUCAUCGACCGGCAUCGGGAGUUACGUGUCGGUGUGCGAGCGGCCGAUUACCUCCAAGGUGCGGCGAUAACACGCAUCCCGAGCUACCGCUACCGCUAUCGGCGCCGCUCACGCUCCUCGUCCCGCUCCACGGACCCCUCUCACUCCCGGGAGACGUCCCCUGUGGGCCUGAAAGCCUUCGGGGCGCUUCCUUCCACCGAGUUGUCCAUGUACACGCUGCCUAAAGGUCAAACAGGCACCCCGACGGCCGACUAUAACUCCGAGGAGAGGGACCACAACUUCCUGCAGGUCCACAACUGCAUCCAGAAGGACCUGAAAGACUCGGCCGCCAACCGACGCACCACGCCUGUAUGAAACUGAAUAUCAGACUAUAACAGUAUCAGUUUUUGAGUGGUGGUACAGAUUACUUCACCUUCACAGCACCUCAGAUCAGUUUCUGUUUUAGAACUAAAAAAGGAAACUGCAUAAAAAAGAAACAUGCAUGAUUUUCCCAUCUACCAUUGAGUUUUGAACAUGUUUGUAAAGAUAUAAGAGGAGUUGGGAGGGGGGGUGUUUACGGUGGUUAUCUGUGGAGUGGUGGGCCAACUUUAUAUUUUUUACUCUUCCUCAGUGUUAUAAAAAGGGGGCGUAGUUGCCCCCUCGGCCCCACCCAAAUGCCCCCCAACACACACACCCUAGCCUCCCUCCUUUCUUUAGUUGCUGUAUCUUCUUUGAUUUAAUUCUUUAUUCGCAUUAAUACUGUGAACCGUUGCGGUGUGGGAUUUAAGCAGGGAGCAAUUCAGGCCGCAAAAAAACUGAGAAAAAACAAGAAAAAAACACAUUAGUUAAUAUAUGUAUUGAUUAUAUAUAAAUAUAUGAAUAUAUAUGUUAAUAAAAUCAUGACUAGACUUCCCUGGCGCAAGAAUAUCAACGAGAAAAAAGUCAUUUAAUCAAGACGUCGAGGAACACAGAGGAUUCUUCGCGGCUCAUUUGACAGGCAAAGGUUUUCGACCCGAUGAACUGAUAUUGGUUAGUAUUAGACGCGUUAUUACUUUAUUUUACAACAGAAAAAAUUAUUGUUUGGCCUUCCGCCGAAACCCUGGUCGCCAUCUUUGUUCAGGGUCAACUCGAGGUGAAAAGGUUGACAUUGUUUCUUUUCUUUUUUUUGCUCUGAAAAGGGGCGGAGACAAGAGAGAACUCUGGGUAAUGGAGGAUCUCUCAGCAAACUUAAAGAAGACUGUGGACAAUGAGACGUCACUACUGCCAAAGACACAAAGUAGUGCGUGAGAAAAACAUGGCUACCAGCGAGGUGAAGCUAAGUGACUCCAAAAAAUUAAGAAUUUACAUGCAUGCUAAUCAAAACCAUCCAAUCUGCUUUUAAGAAACCUAUGUUUUGAACAAUGAUACCAUGUAAGGGCCGUGGGGGUGACGACGUAGAAGUUAAUGUUACAGUACUGUGUCUAUUUAACUUUCUUUUCUUAUUUUUUGGGUACUUUUUGGGGAUGGGGCUUCAUUACGCUUGAAACAAGGACUUUGGAGAACGUAUCAAGGCUUUUUUUAAACAAGAAAAAUCUUAUCUUGCCUUUUUUCAUUUAAUUUGAUUUCGUCGGUUCCUUUGAACUCUCACACAGCCUUAGUCUCUUUUUUCUUUGUCUCAUUUUUUCUUGUUCUUUGGUUUUGUGUUGUUGUAAAUGAGAAUUUAAAAAAAGCGUAAUGUCUUUCAAGGUGCCAAAACUGAAUGAUUCUGAACUUGGAUGCAUCAAGUCCUGAUGACGAAUAAAAAUUGAACCCCCCGUAGG